AGUAUGGCGGAUCGAUAGGUUGUUUUGUGUUCAGCGGUUGUGUGUUGAUAUCCGUUAGAUUGUUUCUGUGAUUUGCGCGCUUAAUUUUAACAAUGCCAUCCCGAGGAGAGGAUAUCCUUAAAGGCUUUCAAGUUAAUUGGAUGAAUUUGCGCGACGCCGAUAGCGGGAAGAUACUGUGGCAAGGCAACGAAGAUUUAUCUGUACCUGACUUCGAGCACGAGGCGCGCGUACCAAAGAAGAUAUUGCGAUGCCGCGCGGUAUCGAGAGAAAUCAAUUUCAGUUCAGCCGAGCCGAUGGAAAGGUUUCGAUUGGAGCAAAAAGUUUUGUUCAAGGGUCGUUGUUUGGAAGAAUGGUUCUUCGAAUUCGGUUUUGUCAUUCCCAACAGCACCAACACGUGGCAAAGUUUGAUCCAAGCCGCGCCGGAGAGUCAAAUGAUGCCAGCUAAUAUAUUGAACGGCAACGUCGUAAUAGAAACGAAAUUCUUCGACGAUGAUCUGUUAGUGUCUACCAGUCGAGUCCGUCUCUUCUACGUGUAAGAUAAUUUCCAAAAAAAAAAAAAAAACGGUCCUUGGAAUUUUACGCAAUGGGACCAAUAAGUACAACCGGAC